AUGUCUUCACAAUCAAAAAGUGUUAUCGUUACCGAAGUCGCAAGUUCUGUUUCGGAAAGAGCAGAAUUUGAACUUGUAAAAGAUGAAAAUAGUGAUAAACAAACUGCAUAUAUCACAUUCGAAAAAGAGAGUGGCGCAAAAACCGCACUAAUGCUUUCAAAUGCUGUGUUAGGUGAUUCCCAGAUCAUCGUCAAAUCUGCUGACGACACCUCCGACGACUCAUAUUCAGAUGAAGAUUCUACCAGUUCCAGAUCAAAGGCUGAUCUCCUUGCUGAGAUCUUAGCUGCCGGAUAUCAAUUGCAGGACACAAUUUUUGAGACAGGAUGUGAGUUAAAUGCCAAAUUUGGUGUUACCGCAAGUUUAUCCCAGUACCUUUCAACGUUACAAUCCAAGCUCCUAGAGUUAGAUGAAAAAUAUAAAUUGUCCGAAAAGGUUACUUCCAAGGCUCUGGAGCUUGACACUCAUUUUGCCAUUCAAGAUACAGUAAAAUCAUACGCUGCACAAGCACAAGGCAGAGCUGUCCAAGCAUUAGAAACCUCUCCGGGUAGAAUUGCCCAUGAUUUAUAUACGAAUACCUAUUCUCUUAUAGGUGAUAUUCAAAGUCAAGCUAGAAGGAUCGCCGAAGAGAAAAAAUUACGAUCAGGAUACAGUAUUAAUGAAAAUGUUAAUGGUGGUAUUCAAGCUCAUUGA